GGGAAAAAAAAGAAAAAAAUGGAAAAUAAACGUGAGGAAUGCCAAAUGUCAUUUAGCGUCCGCAUGCGGUGCGAGUCAUGUAACUGUGUGGUUUGCUUUUAACUCUCCCACUCCUCACUUUUUUUCCGAAACCACUAUUCAAUCCAUUCAUCCAUGGCGGCCGCCGUAGCGCUUUGCCCAGCUCCUGUAAAAGCUCACAAACCUCCCUAUUCUGCACUUGCCUCUAGACAUUUCUUCUCUACAAGUUUGAUCGUCAAGUACCAGGAAGUGCAGAAAUGGAACCGUUUCGAGUUCCAGAGGCUGCAGGUUUCUUCUGCUGCUGUUAAUGAUAAUGCAGUGACUGUAACCGACUCUUCUCGGCCCUCCAUUCGUUCUACGGUGAUGCGACAUACUAUAUCUGUGUUUGUUGGUGAUGAAAGUGGAAUAAUAAACCGAAUUGCGGGUGUCUUUGCUAGAAGAGGUUACAACAUUGAGUCCCUUGCCGUUGGAUUGAACAAGGAUAAGGCUCUCUUUACCAUUGUUGUUACUGGAACGGAGAAUGUCUUGAGACAAGUUGUGGAGCAGCUAAACAAACUUGUCAAUGUUAUUAAGGUAGAAGAUAUCUCAAGACAGCCCCAAGUGGAGCGUGAGUUGGUGCUUAUGAAACUCAAUGCAGAUUCAAGUACUCGUGCUGAGAUAAUGUGGUUAGUAGACAUCUUCAGAGGAAAAAUUGUGGAUAUUUCAGAACAUUCAGUGACUAUUGAGGUGACCGGAGAUCCUGGUAAGCUGGUUGCUGUUGAAAGAAAUUUCAGUAAAUUUGGAAUUAGAGAACUUGCUAGAACUGGAAAGAUAGCAUUGAGAAGGGAGAAAAGGGGGGAGACAGCUCCCUUUUGGAGGUUCUCAGCAGCCUCUUAUCCUGAUCUUGAAGAUUCGAGGCCAAUUAACUCAUUUGUAGAGGAUGCAAUUCAAUCACUCAAAGGCCAAGUCUCUACAUCAACUGGUGAUGUAUAUCCUGUGGAGCCAUAUGAAAGUUUUCAUUCAGAUCAAGUUCUUGAUGCUCACUGGGGUGUUCUCUAUGAUGAGGAUUCAAGUGGUCAUCAAUCACAUACAUUGUCCAUGCUAGUAAACGACUAUCCUGGAGUUCUCAAUGUUGUUACUGGGAUCAUUUCUAGAAGAGGCUAUAACAUUCAGAGUCUUGCUGUAGGACAUGCAGAAAGGGAGGGAUUAUCUCGUAUUACAACUGUGAUUCCUGGAACUGAUGAAUCAAUUGGAAAGUUGGUUCAGCAGCUUCAUAAAUUAAUAGAUCUUCAUGAGGUCAGGGAUCUCACUCACUUGCCAUUUGCUGAGAGAGAAUUAAUGUUGAUAAAAAUUGCAGCAAAUGCUACUGCCCGAAGGGAUGUCCUUGAUAUUGCUGACAUCUUCCGUGCAAAAGCUGUUGAUGUAUCUGGUCAUACAAUUACUCUUCAGCUCACUGGCGAUUUAAACAAGAUGGUUGCAUUGCAGCGGUUGCUGGAGCCAUUCGGGAUAUGUGAGGUGGCAAGGACAGGAAGGGUGGCAUUGGAAAGAGAAUCAGGUGUGGACUCGGCAUAUCUCCGGGGCUAUCCCCUUCCAAUCUAAGUCCCAGUUAAAUAGAUGUCUCGCAUGUCUGAUGGACUUGGUUUGAAGUUGGGAUGUAAAUGAAGCUGGUAGAUGCACAAACUCAGAUUUCAAACUUCGUAAGAUCGUUUCUACUCUGUAGCAGUAUUGUGAAUGGCCACAGCUAUAAGUUUGAGGCAUUUUAACUGUACUGUAGUCCCUUUUGGCUUCAGAACAUUUCUCAAUUAGUUUGUUAAACAAAAGACGGGUAGUGGAAGUACAUUCUUGUUGUACCAAUAAUGGUAUUAUGUUAGCCAAUUUUGUACUAGUUCAAGGGAGAUUCUAAGCUAGUAGUCAAGUGUUUGAACCUUUUAUUUCUUUUAUUUCUUUUUUUUUCUCUCUGUAAUGAUAUUCUAAGUGGUAAAGUUAUGUUUCUCAUGGAUUUCAAGCAAGUAUCUUUAGUACCCAUAAAAUUGCAUUUUAA